UCCGUGCAUGGCGCAGCGGUCGCUCGGGCUGCCACGUAAUGUUGUGCGUGCAGCACUGCGUGCCGUUUUCUCGUUCAUGAAUCGCUGCUAUUGAGGAGUGCUCAUCCCUGCGUGUGGUGCUGCGUGGAGGUGAACGGCAACGAGGGCGAUGCGCGAGCCUGCGUCCAACCGUUCCUAACUUUUGGCUACUCACAUCAUUGCGGAAGUGAUUGUUAAAGCAGCAAAAUGUCCCAGUCAAGUGGUUACCAGUAUCCAUUGUACACAGAUUCCAACAAUCCUUUGAAAAAUGAGCCACCUCCCAUAGUAAAUGGUCAAAAUCCUGCAUCUCAGCAAAAUGGAAUGCAGUCUUCUCAGUUCAACCUAACUGGCACACCAUCGUCGCAGUCGUCGCGUGACCCAUCCAGGGAGACUUCCAGAGAUCCAUCACCCACUCAGUAUCUUCACAACCAAUAUCGGCCUCAGUUGCCACGGCCGCCAAUGCCACCAAUAAAUGGACCUCAGAACCCUAAUGUGUUGCCUCCACCACCUAGAACAUCACAGACGUAUAGCAAUCCUGCAAAUCUCUAUAGUGCUCACAACCAGUAUGCCACUGGCGUUCGUCAGAACGUCACAGUCGGUACAUCCUCAGCAGCCCUUGUGUCUCAACCUAGCCAAGAAAUUCAGCAUCGACCUAUGAUUCCUUCGAAUCAGAUGCCUCCGACGGCGGCACAUCCGACUCCGGUGUCCGCGUCAUCGACGUUUGCAGACGCUGUUAAACCAGAGUCAGCUAAAGUAAACCAAAGUUAUCCAUGGGUGACCAAUCCCCCACCUACCAACAUUCCGCAAGGUACUAUAGGCGUUCCUGGAGUAUCCAGUAGCAUCGAUAGGACUAGUCAGGUCUCGACGGAUCAAACUGCGGAAAGUCAGACGUCCUUUGCUAGAGUAAAUAAGAUUUUGACCUACAAUCAAGGACACUCUAUCCCUCCACCGCCACCAACAGCAUCCAACGUUAAUCUACCUCCUUCAAGCAUCACUCAUCAUUUAAAUCAAAGCAAUUAUGUACAGCAAGAACCAGUGAGUUCCGGUGCACAACCGCCAAGGACUCAGAACGUUCAAGCACAAUCGACGAUUAGUCCUUCCGAAAGCUUAAUUAGUCCACAACUCAGAUAUGGAAGUCAGCAGAUUAUAUCCAGUGCAUCGCCAAUGCCAAAUUCAAGCACGCAGCCUUUACUUUACAGUGCACAAGGCCAUAAUUUAGGUCCACGAAACCCUCAAGAUUAUAGCACUCAGCCUUUGAAGCAUCAAAAUUUACUCACUGGUUACAUGGAUCCCACGGGAUUGGGAAGUAUUCCGCAGGGUCAGAAUAUACAUCAAAAUUUAACUGGCCAGAGGAAAUAUCCGCAACAAGACACUGCCAAUGCCGCGAUGCUACCGCCUUUAGGAGGUAAUCAGUUACAUGGCGCGAGAUUACCUCCAUCGGGGAUACCUCCUCUACCAGGACAGCAGACGUACGACUCUCGUUCACAAUAUCCCGGCCAAAUGACGAACGUCCCGUUAGACUCGUCAAAUAGAAGGUAUCCUAAUAUGUACCCAGACCAAUUAAAUCAAUUAAAUAAUCAGAUGAGCAAUUUGAACGUCACACAAGCUGGCUACAACAAAUUAUGGGGGAUGGAAUCGAUAGACCUCUUACAGUGCCGAAAUAUACUGCCGCCUGAGAAAAUCGAACCACCAAAGAUCAAGUUGCAUCAGGAAUUCCUGGACACUGUAAAUUGUAAUCCUGAGGUAUUCAGGUGUACAUUGACAAAGGUCCCAGAAUCAAAUUCGCUUCUACAAAAAUCGAGAUUGCCAUUCGGUGUAUUAAUACAUCCUUUUAAGGACCUAAACGUGAGUCAUUUAGCAGUGAUUCAAUGCAAUACGAUCGUACGUUGUCGAGCUUGCCGAACGUAUAUCAACCCGUUUGUAUAUUUCGUCGAUUCGAGAAGGUGGAAGUGCAAUCUCUGUUUCAGAUUGAAUGAACUUCCUGAGGAAUUUCAAUUCGAUCCUGUGACAAAAUCGUACGGCGAUCCCUCGCGACGGCCAGAAGUCAGAACGGGCACGAUAGAGUUCAUUGCGCCAAGCGAGUACAUGGUCCGUCCACCUCAGCCCGCUGUCUAUCUCUUCGUCAUGGACGUUUCUCGUCUUGCGGUGGAAAGCGGCUAUCUGCAGAUUGUUUGCAACACUAUCACUGACGAGCUGUCGCGUCUCCCCGGCGACAGCCGCACUCAAGUCGGUUUCCUCGCGGUCGAUUCUACUCUGCACUUCUUCAGCAUGCCCGACAACGUCUCGCAGCCGCACGAAAUGAUCAUGCUGGAUAUCGACGAUGUGUUUCUGCCGUGUCCGGAAAACCUAAUCGUAAAUCUGAAGGAGCGCGAGGAGCUUAUCCGCGACCUUCUCGCCCAGCUUCCCGUCAAGUUCUGCGGCACCCACGAUACUAACAGCGCCCUCGGUGCCGGUCUUCAAGCCGCCCUUAAACUUCUCUCCGCUACCGGGGGACGCGUCACCGUUUUCCAAACGUGUCUGCCUAACAUCGGCCCGGGGGCCCUGCAGCCGAGAGAGGAUCCCAAUACUAGAGUGAACAAAGACGUGCCGCAUCUCAAUCCCGCGACGGAUUUCUACAAAAGAUUCGCUCUGGAUUGCAGUGGACAACAGAUCGCGAUUGAUUUGUUCUUAUUGAACAGCCAAUACAGCGAUCUGGCAACUUUAUCAUGCGUGUCGAAGUUUACGGGCGGGUGUAUUUACCAUCUGCCACUGUUCCGAGCAUCGAAGUUACAAAAUAUCGAAACCUUAGAGAGAUUACUUCGUCGUUACUUGACGAGAAAGAUUGGCUUCGAAGCGGUGAUGCGGCUCCGCUGUACCCGCGGUCUCAGCAUCCACGCCUUCCACGGCAGCUUCUUCGUUCGAUCGACUGAUCUUCUCUGCUUGCCAAAUAUUAAUCCGGACGCCGGUUUCGGCAUGCAAAUCUCUAUUGACGAAAAUCUUUCCGAUGUGCAGAACGUAUGCUUCCAAGCAUCCCUUCUUUAUACCUCGAGCAAAGGUGAACGAAGGAUCAGAGUACACACUCUAUGCCUGCCAGUCGUGUCGAGUCUAUCGGACGUGAUGCAUUCUGCGGAUCAACAAUGCAUAAUCGGCUUAUUAUCAAAAAUGGCUGUCGAUCGAUCGCUUCAGUCAUCUUUGUCGGACGCUAGAGAAGCAUUAAUAAACGUCGCUAUCGACAUUUUAUCCGCGUACAAAUUGGCACAAUCUUCCAGCGGCGGCGGACUUGUUGCUCCAGGAAGUUUAAAGCUGUUGCCAUUAUACAUUAUCGCAUUGUUGAAGAGCAUAGCGUUCAGAUCCGGCACGAGCACGCGUUUGGAUGAUCGCAUAUUCGCGAUGUUUCAACUGAAGACGUUACCGUUGGCACAGCUGAUACAAGUGAUUUACCCCGAUCUGUAUCCCGUUCACAUGCUCGACGAUCGCAACGCGAAGGACAUUGACGGCAAAGUGUGUCCACAGCCGCCCCGCCUUAAUUUGUCCGCUGAGAAACUCGACAGCCGGGGACUCUUUCUUAUGGAUGCUGGCGACAGAAUAUUUAUUUACGUCGGCAAGAAUAUCAACCCGAUUUUAUGUUCCAAUGUAUUCGGCACUUCGGGAUUCGCAUCUAUUCCAGAGGAAAUGUACGAAUUACCGGAAUUGGAUACGGUAGAAAGCGAACGAUUGCGAAACUUUGUGUUUAGUUUACAAGAGGAGAAACCGCACUACGUACCUGUACAAGUUAUCAGGGACGACAGCCACUUCAGGACGUUAUUCGUCGAACGAUUGAUAGAGGACCGAUUCGAAUCUGCUCUUAGUUACUACGAGUUUUUGCAACAUCUGAAGACGCAGGUGAAAGAGUGACCAAGUUAAGGAAUUCGUGCGUGAGACUAAUUCCUGCCGGAGGCGUUAAAAUCAUUGGAUUAUGGAACAUCAUCACAAAAUCAGUCGCACGGUUAGAAAAUGGCGCAAUCCGUUUAUAAUUCAUUAACCGAUCGUGGGUCAUUCGGGAUAUUUUGGGAUAUGUCACGUGAUUCAAGAUCUACUUAUGCCAUCUACUUAUGCAGCAGUGACAGCCUUAUUGAAAGACACUGACGCAUUUAAGCAUGAUAGAUUGUAUAAUCAUUGUUAUUAUUAUUAUAAUUAUAUUAUUAUAUUAUUUACCCUCGGUAGCUUCAACAUACAUGGACUUGCGUUCUCGUUGCGCGUAUCUACUUGAACAAUCUUUCUUGAACUCGUUCAGUAAAUAAUAUCUAAUUUUUUACGAUAUUGUGUUAUACCUACAACAAUUUUAAUCUGUAAGAUUUAUUUGUUCAGUAAGAAAAUAUCUUUUUCACAAUAGCAAUAAUUCAUUGAAAUGGUAUCAGCAUGACGAGUACAGUCGGUUUCCUCUGUCUUAAAAUCGUUGGAAUCGAACUUUUUUUUUCUAUUCUAAGCUUUCCCUCACACAGCCUCCGCCCUUGUUCCAAUGGAACAACGGAAAUGUCAUUGCUGUCUUUCACUCACUUUCUUAUCUACUCGCGAUUACAUGGUAAAUGCAAGUUUUUAGAAAGAGAGAACGCAAAAAGAGUAUAUUAAUUUAAAAGAAAACAGUUUACUUGAAAUAGAGGAAGUCGACUAUUUUUAAUGAUGUUUGUAUAAAAUAUUUUUUUUUGUAACUACGUUUUCUAUAUUCUGAAUUCUUUCAAUCUCUGUACCGAAGUACCGCUAUUGUCGCAAUACGCAAGUGUUCUUACCUUUAAAAAAAAUACCAUCUUUGAAAAAAAAUCCUGAAAAAUAUUAGUUACAAAUAAUUAUAUGCAAUAGAAAGGGAAUUUAAAUAAGUGCAAUUUUGCAUCUGCAGUAUAAAGUAAUAAUGUAAUAAGCGAAUGAAGAUGCUUGCAGGCUGAGUGUCGCCAAACGAGAAGAUAUUUCAUGGUGAUAAAGCUAAUGCGCUCCUGUAAAUUUAAAAACCUACCUGCAGGCAAUAAAACGAACAAGAGAGGAGGGUAGUAACAAAACUCGUGAAAAAUUGUAUUAUGAGUCGCUAUGUCAUUCCUUAAACGGUGACACAUUGUUAAUUCGCGUUGUAAAAUUGGAACUUUGCGAAGUCGUAACCGACAAUUUCGAACAGUCGACGAGCAUUGCAAUUGAGAUAUUGUUGCAAUUGAAUUAAAUAAUUGUAAAAAGGAAGUAUAUAGGGAAACGACAGAGAACGAUUUCGCGCCAAUGUAAAAUACGAAUCGAUCGUCAAGGCGUAAUCAGCUCGCCUAUAAAGACUCUAACAAAAUAAUAAAUAAUGGUGAACAAUAGCACUAGCAAGUGUUAUGAGAAAUAAACAAAUGAAAUAUUGUAAAAUAAUCGUACUACUCAUACUUUGUCAUGCUGCCAAACGGGAUUCUCCGGCGUACGUUGCUCUUUUCUCACCACACAUUUUACGGUUCGCCGAAGACAGAAACGAACAGAGCGUAUGACGAAUUAGAUUAUUAUUUAAUAAUUAUAUAUAUGCAUAUAUAUGAUUAUACGGGAAGUAAUUGUACAUUCGUUGUUACAUCUUUUAACGAUCCCCUCUACCCGUGUAUACUUCGAUUUUUUAUAAACUAUCAACUGUAUAUUACAUAA